CGUCACAAGCUCCCAUCUGCCGCCCAAACGUCGUCGAGAGAGCAGCCUCCCCCCCGUCGCUCGACAAUCUAUCCAUUUUGUUCUCCCUCAGCGCCGUCGCACGACCUCUUCUUCUCGCGUCGCCUGCCCGAACGUCGCACGUCUUUUCCGCCCUCGGAUUAACAAAAGAACAAGGAACAAAUCCCACCCCCGGUUCCGCCCAGCAUGUCGUUCCUCGGAAUGGGCCGCCAGCAGCCCACGUCGGAGCAGAAGAUUGCCGCCGUCGAGGGCGAGAUGCGCAUGAUGGCUGACACGUACAACCGCCUGCAGCAGGCGUGCCAGAAGAAGUGCGUCCCGACCGACUACCGCGAGGGCGAGCUCAACAAGGGCGAGUCAGUGUGCCUCGACCGCUGCACCGCAAAGUUCCUCGACACGAGCAUGAAGGUCAGCGAGAUCAUGCAGCAGCAGGGCCAGGCCAUGGGCGGCGCCGCGCCCCAGCAAGGCGGCGGCGGCGGCCUCUUUUAAACAAGCGACUGCGAGCGGCUUGUUCCCC